AUGGACUCCAGGAAUUCCCUGUGGUCAAAUGCGAAAGUCACAGUGUGGCCAGACUCUAAAGUUAUGGAAUCAGAGUCAGAAUCUGAAGUUGCGACUUCCUCCUCAAACGGCUUCCAGAUCUGGCAGGAUGAACAUGAGGUAGUCACCAGCAUGCCAUACAACUGUAACUGGUGGCAAGGCGCCGAGAAGCUGCUCGAUGGUGGCUCAUCCAGCCCCGUGCAGGAUUUGGUAGUCCUGGGGCGUCAUGUCGAUUUUUCUAAGCUCCAUCAAGCCGGUCAGGGUCUUGCCAAGCCGGACAGAGUAGACGGAGUACUUCGUAUUUCCUCGCGCGUCGAUCUCUACCGGGAUGUUCAGCUGGCAGGUCUGUGCUGUCUGCGGUCUGCUCCUGAGCUGCCUGAACGAGUAAGUCGUCUGGACGCCGUGCUAAGAGCGGUUCGAGGAAACGGUCUUGAUCGGGUGUUCAGAGAAUGUAGACAGGCGGGUUGGCGUGCUUGUUGUGGCAAAGCGACCUUGGUCGGCGCCGGAACGAAGUGUGAGGAAAGGAAAUUUUUAGAUCCUCUGAAGAUUGCGCUGUGGUCCACCUACGUGCCUCUCGCUGUUAUCGUGCUCAGUGUGAUAUCGUUGGAGAGGUGCCUAGAUGUCAGACCAGGCGAGUCUCUGCGCAUCGCUCACCGUCUGUGGCAUCUUUGCUGGAUGUGGUUUCGUUCUACGUCGCGUGGUGUCUCUAUGGUCCGGAGGUUUGAGCAGGACCCAGAUCCUAGCGAAAAUUCUGCGAGCGACAUCAGCAAGUAUAAUCAGAGGGUUCGGCCAUCUCGCUCUAGGCCGCGUAGUGUCCCUGAAGACUCGAUGUUUGAACUGAGCUCCUUCGUGAACAUUCAGGAGGUCACUUUUUUCCACGGGGGCGAGGUUUGGACUGGAUCCAGCUGGACGUAUCAGCUUAGGGAGCGAGGCGAGAUUGGCUCCGAGUCUGAUGAUAUAUCCACAGUCGGGAGGUUCAAACUGGAUCCAGUCUUACGAGUGCUUUCCAUGGAGGGAGACGUUCUAAAAGUUUUAGGGCCUGCUUUGCGACUCAUCACGCCAUGCACUUGUGCUCUCCCAGACUUGGAGCCUCAUUCCGGCUCGUGCAACAUCUCGACAGUCGCGAGGUCCAGACUGGAUCCGAUUGUACGAGUGCAAUUAUGCUGUCCCAAGAGUGACAUCCGUAAUAUGGCUUCCGCUUCGAUGGAGGAGACUGCCAUUGGUACGGCCUUGACCUUCAUUUGCCCGAAAUACUUCUCUGGGAAGUCUCAUGAAGUCAGUCAUGUUCCACAACGUUCGCCCGGUCUAGCAUUAGCAGGACUCUAUCCUAAGCUGAAGCACAUAUUGAGCACAGCUUCCAAGGACUCAAGCCUAUCGACCUUCCUGAUAGAUGGUCCAAUACCCGAAUUCCUUGGCCAGACCGCUGUCGUCUUUGGACCCAAGUUGCUGCAGUAUCAUUCCUGUCGUAGCAUGCUGAUUGGAGUUCGUAACAUUUCGAACGUCCAUCGAGCCGGUCUAUCUGAGCAAGAGUAG